CCCGCGCACGAGCGAGUUUGAGAGCGUCGCGGUGGUGUCGGUCAAUGACGUUUUCGUAAUGAAGGCGUGGGGCCAGACGCUUGAUCCAGCUGGGACUCUUGGGAUCCGUUUCUUGGCCGAUCCCACCGGGGCGUUCACAAAGGCGCUCGACCUGUCGUUUGAUGGCUCGGCCAUCUUUGGAGGUGACCGGUCGAAGCGCUACGCCAUUGUCAUAGAGCAGGGCAAAGUCAAGUCGGUCGCCGUGGAACCGGACAACACUGGUACCAAUGUGUCGACGGCGGAGAAGGUUCUUGGGCCUGCGUAGCGUGACUCUACGUGAUCGCGGUAAUACAACAUCGUCAUGUCAUUUGAUAGAUGGCCUUAGUUGUCAUCAAUUCCUCGCAGGGGUAUGAAGUCGCAAUAUAAAAGGAAGCCAAAAUCAGCCGCUGUGAUACAUCUCCCGACCAAGCCGUCAACCACAAGCUAUUUAUCGUAUGGUACAAUGUUAACCCACCAAUGCUAGACAGAGAACCUCCGCCGUACUAACCAUUCCAAUAUCCAAUUUCACUAUUUCCUCACUCAGAGCAUAGGCUUCAGGUCAUCAGCCACACGGAAGGGAGCCUCGGUUUUGGCCUUGAUCUCAUCGACAGUCACACCAUCGGCAAUCUCGA